AUGUCUUCUAUUAAUCCUCCAAAGAAGAUACCUUACGUCCGUCUCGGUAACUCCGGUCUCAAAGUCUUGCGGUUGAUCCUGGGUCUUGCAAGUUAUGGGAACAAGUCUAUGGAAGAGUGGGUUUUGGGCAAGGAGGAAGGUAUUGCACACAUCAAGGCAGUCUACGGUGCAGGCAUUCAAACCUUUGACACUGCGAACGUCUACUCACACGGAGACUCGGAACAAAUCCUUGGCAAGGCAAUCAAACAGCUUGGCCUACCUCGAGAUGAGAUUGUAGUUAUGACUAAGGUAUAUAAUGUAGUCAUGCGGGAGCCAGGUCUUCUCGCGCCUGGACCUGAAGCGUCCGCUUCAGGAUAUGUGAACCAGUAUGGCCUCAGCCGAAAGCAUAUAUUUGAGUCCAUCAGGAAUUCACUGGAGCGUCUUGAGCUAGACUAUGUUGAUGUACUACAAUGCCAUAGGUUCGACUACAACAUUCCUAUCGCUGAGACUAUGCAAGCACUGCAUGAUGUAGUCAAAGCAGGAUACGCACGGUACAUUGGAAUGUCAAGCUGUCAUGCCUACCAGUUUCAUGCGAUGCAAAACUAUGAAAUCAAUAAUGGACUGACACCAUUUGUCUCAAUGCAGAACCUUUACAACUUAAUAUACAGAGAAGAGGAGAGGGAAAUGAUGCCCACUCUGAAGAUGUUUGGUACUGGAAUGAUCCCUUGGUCGCCGCUCUCACAAGGUAUACUGAGUCGGCCAUAUUCUCAAACAAGUCACCGAACAGAAACAGGCGCGUUUGUCCCCAUGACUAAUCGAUCCAAGGAAGACAACAAGGAGGUCAUCCUUUGCAUUGAAAAAAUAGCAAAGGAUCGUGGAAUUAGUAUGGCUCAAGUUGCAAUUGCAUGGGGGUUAUCAAAGAGCAACAUUACUGCCCCUAUUAUUGGCGUAACAAGCCUGGAGCGCCUUAAAGAUACAAUUGGCGCCAUUAGUGUAAAGCUAACGGAUGAAGAGAUCAAACACCUGGAGGAGCCAUAUAUCGCGCAGCCUAUCCAAGGAUACUCCUGA